AGACAAUGCGAUCCCAACCCCGCUUUGCGCUAGCAAUGGCGAAGCCGGCGCGCCCCUCGCCCAGCGGCUGCUUCUCGGGGUGAGCGGUCUGGCCGAUCCCCGUCUCUUUGCUUUGGAAAACACCCGAAGGGGCUAGGGUGGAAACUGGGAGCUCUGCUGUGCAGGGAGGAUCUCCUCAAUCCCCUGCCGAAGAUUAGCAGGAGAUCGGGGGAGCUCUAAGACUACCCCCUCCCCCCAAAUCUCUCUUUUCUUGGGAGAAGGAAAGAGAGACUUCCUAGUGGAUGGGAUCGCGUUGGAAGGGGUACGGGAGAUGCUGAUGCCGUAACUCCAAUCAAAUCCCCUGGAUCUGCGUAUUUUCGUAUUGAAGCGAUAAGCACUUCCUCUCGGUUCAUAGGCUGCCAGGGGGAAAAAGGGAUUUUUCAUUAACUUCCUGACUGUUUUGGAAUGUAACAAUAAAAAAGCAUCUGUAGAAGAAAAGAUUCAUCAAUUGGAGGCACAGACACUGAGAAGCAAUUAACUUGAUCCACUGAUUAAUGUACAGAAACCAGGAAGGAAUUAACUGCCCAGAGAAGUAUAUUUGGUUGAUGAACUUGAUCCUUCUGUUCCUUGCUGAGGAAGAAAAAAAAAUCAAUGUAGCAGGAAUUCUUUGCCCAAGAAGAAAAUUAAUUCAGAGUUUGAAGGACGUCUGUGGCAAAUCAGAGGACUUUUUUUGCUCAGCGGCUGAAAGGGAUCUCCUUAAGGGAUUUGAAAAAGAAUUAUAGAUUGGAAUCAGCACGAGACGGACCCAUUGUUGCAAAAGGAGGAAACGGAUCAAGGGAACCCAGUUGUAAAGACUAUGGCCACCAUCUCCUCUUUUGGCAAGUACACCCACGUCAUUGUCCGAUGCAUCCCUUCCUCGUUUGGUACGUUAGAGAGCACAGCAGAAGGGCCUGAUGGGGGGACCGAGCCGGUGGACCUGGCCAAGGCUCAUAGGCAGUAUGGAGUCUAUACAGGCAUCCUACGCCAGAAGCUGGGCCUGCAAGUCAUCGAGCUGGCUGCGGAUGAAGGCCUCCCUUGUUCAACGCUGGUAGGGGAUUUGGCAGUGAUACAAGGAGACACUGCACUGCUUACGCGGCCUUGGGUGCCAUCACGGCGGGACGAGACCAGCAGCGUCAAGAAGAUCUUGGAGGAACUAAAAUUGCGUGUUGUGGAGGUGACGGAUGAGGGAGCCACUCUGGAUGGGAGUGAUGUACUUUUCACAGGUCGAGAGUUCUUUGUGGGAAUUUCCAAGUGGACCAAUCACAGAGGGGCUGAGAUGGUUGCUGAUGCUUUCAGGGAUUUUGCAGUAUCCACCGUUCCUGUCUCAGGCAUGUUGCACCUCCGUAGCUUCUGCAGUAUGGCUGGCUCUGACACAGUUGUUAUUGGCAGCAGUGAUGUGGCCAAGAAAGCCAUGAAGACCAUGGAGCAAUUAACUGAUCACCACUAUGAAACACUGACUGUGCCUGAUGACCCAGCUGCAAACUGCAUCUAUGCUCGGCUUGGCCAGAAGAGCAAUGUCCUUUUGCAUCGGAGCGCAGAGGAGUAUCCUAACAGCAUACAACCUUUCCAGAAGCUUCCAGACUACACCCUCAUCCCAGCUGCCUGCACUGAGGUGGCCAAACUUGGUGGGACUCUCAGUUCCUGCUCUCUCCUCAUCAACAAGAAGCUGGAGAUCUAGUGCCUACUGAACCCCACAAAAAUGCAAUCCCUGAAGAGGAAUUCCUUCCUGCAGUUCCUUUGUGCAAGCAUCCCUGUUUUCCUCAGCUUCCUCAUGAGGCAAGAAUACCACUUUCCCUCCCCAAAUAUGCUAACUUGUUUGGCCUUAAAUUUUGCCAUUUUCUUCUUCUUUGAAAAAUGUACAUUGGAUCUUAAUUUCCACGUAGCCCCAACAAUCUCUUAUCUUCUGUCUUCCUGCUACUGUGUAUCCAUAAGAAAGAUUUCCAACUCUCUCAACAGAUUGGUGGUUUUAUCUUGUGUCCAGCACUGACGGGGGGAAACAUCCUUUAAACCUGAACAGGAAAACUAGAAGUUCUCUCUCUUCAGUCACUGAUCAGUCCUUUGGGCCAGGUCGUCACAGCUUUGUAGCCCUGUUAUGGAUGACAAAAACAAAGUACUGCUUGCUUUUUGUUGCCAAUAGUAUUUCUUGGAAGAGAUUGUUAAUCAGGUGCUGAGGAACUACUUUGGAACAACCAUUUUAAAUUAUUUUCAGUGCAAUUCUGUGCAGUGUUACUCCAUCUUAAGCCCAUUCAACUCAAUGGGCUUGCACUGGAUUAAGUCUUUUUAGGAUUGCACUGUUAGCUUCAUGAUGCCUGCAUCCAAGAUGGUGGCCAAAAUACAUCAGGAGGUAUUAGAAGAGCCAGACAGCAGGAUACAUUUUUUUUUAACAGUGGUAGACUUCUACAUGUGAUUACAAAUAGCUCUCCCGUGGCAGGCUGCUGAUUUGGGGUACAGGCCAUUAUCACCUUGCUACAGAUUUGGGCGAUUCCAUUGUGAAUAUGGGGGAUGUAGGAGGAGCCCUUAUUUUGUGGCUGUGGUGAAGUUCAUUGGCUUGAUACACCAUUCUAGCUAUAGGAAGAUGGAACAAGCUCACCACAGACCCUCAGUCUGUAAUAAAAGAAUUUCCCCUUUUCCUCAAUAAUGUAGUUCUAAUCCAAAGGCCUCUUUUGAAAACUAGGCUGUAUGGCUGUUCAGUCUGCCACAAACAUCUCUAUGGCGCUGCUGUUUUGGGACAAGGGAGUUCAGAGUCAGACCUAUACUCCUUCCCCACACUUCCCAAACGAAGAAUUGCUUCCUCACUGCCACUUCAACAAAUAACCUCCAUGUAUGUCCAGUGGUCAUGGAGGAGCAGCUAGAUAAAAAAUACAGGCUUGAGGAAUGUUGCUUCCUCUUACCCAAUGACACUGUGUAUGUGUUUGUGUGAUGUAGCUAGGAGGGGCGUUCGUAGGAAUGUUCUGGAAAGUGGUAGGGGGAGUGCUCUCUGUUGGGGAGUAGGCGUAUUGACAGAAGUAGGACUUUUAGAUUCACUGCCUCUUGAACCCCUUGUGGAACCAAUGAAAUAAUGAUAAUAAUUAAAAAAAACUGAAUCAA